ACACAGCCAAAACCGCCGCUCAGGAACAAGACGGCCUGCAAGAACAACAACAGCAGGAACAUCGGCGUCAAGAGUUUGUCGAGCAACAACAGCAGGAACGGUUGCGAUCAGCUACGGAAGCAGCAGCAGAAGCAGUUGGAGAGAGAGCAGCAAUUUCGGCCGUAUCAACAGCAGCAGCGGCAAGAGCAAAUACGUCAGGAGAGUCUUCUGCGACAGCAACAGGAAGAUUUGAGGAAGGAAGCGGAUGCCAUCAAUCGGAUGUGGGAACAGCAGUUGGAACAGGAGAGAAUUCUACGCGACCAGCAACAACAGCUAGCGGAUGGUCAAGGGGUCAUGCGACGACCAAGUCAUGCAGAGAGUCGAUACGUGAGCAACCUGGACAAUUCCUUCCAGACGCUCUACCGCAGUCGACGCAACUUCAUCCGAGAGAAUCGUAUUAUCCGCAUAGACCUUCUAUGA